UGAUCCUCACCCUUGCACAUGCUACUGGCAACCCGGUUAAAGUAGACCUCUCCACUCCUCAGUAUGGGGCAGGGUCGAGCCUGUAAGUAUACCUAAUAGACAUGGCCGCGUAGUUUUUCUCUAAUACUACCUCGCUGCACAAGAAUUUCGCACAGUGUUGGUGUGUUUCUAUCAUAUUUGACUAUGGUAUACCUACAGCUCCUGCUCUACGUUUUCGCUUUUUGCAGGAUAGCCUUUGCCAGAGACAAGGGCGAGACCAAGAUUGACAGGCGGAAGGUUGUUCAGCAGUUUAACCCAUGUCGCCGUGCUAGUUCAGAUACUACGCCGUUGCAAGUAGGAAACGGCAACUUCGCAUUCGGAGCCGACAUCACAGGGCUGCAGACGUUCAACCCUUAUGGGACUCUGUCAACGUGGGGAUGGCACAACUUCAGUCUCCCUACGACUCCUGGUCAAACAUCGGUGGACGACUUCACUGGCCUGGACUGGUGGAGUCAUGACCGGCUGGUUAAUUUCAAUCAGCCAAAUCCUGCUGAAAAUGACAUUUCGAACUGGUUGAUACAGAACCCCCAAAGAGUCAAUCUAGGUAGUAUCGGUUUCACUUUCGAUGACGAAGAUGUUACUCAAGACAUGCUAGAAACCAAGUCGCAGACCCUUGAUCUCUGGACUGGAAAAUUGUCUUCAACCUUCACCUACAAGGGCAAGAGAGUCAGCGUUGAGACAUGGUCAGACUCGGGUUCCGAUACUGUCGGUAUAAGUGUCGAGUCAUCCUUGCUGUCGGAUAAUACGCUGGGGAUCUUCUUCGACUUCCCCCUGCCGACUCGAAACAAAUUUGAUACACCUUUUGUUGGCGUCUUCAACGCAACUGCUAAUCAUACCACCACUUUGACUUCUGGAAAGAAGAAUGCCACGAUCAGGCAUGACCUGGAUGCCACAUCGUACUCUGCUUCGAUUGAGUGGGAUUUUGCCAGCAAGAUAUCUGGCCCUAUCAACAACACACACCGGUAUCUGUUGGCAGGAGAAAAUGGAACCGAAACACUUCAUCUCGUGGUCACCUACUCACCAGAGCCUGUUUCCAAAUUACCAUCUUUGGAGGAUGUAAGCAAGGCCUCUAUAAGAUGGUGGGAGGAGUACUGGACUUCGGGAGCUUUUAUCGACUUGACUGCGUCGUCUUCGGCCAAUGCUACUGAACUACAGCGAAUAACAGUUUUAUCACAAUACUUAGAGGCCGUAAAUGCUGCUUCUUUAAAUCCGCCUCAAGAGUCUGGUCUGGUCAGUAAUGGAUGGUAUGGCAAAUUUCAUCUGGAAAUGGUAGUUUGGCACCUAGCCCAUUUCGCACGUUGGAACCAAUGGCCGCUCUUACGACGGAGCAUGCCAAACACCUACUACCAGUUCCUCUCAUCUUCUCUCGAACGUGCUCAGACACAGGGUUAUGAGGGCGCUCGCUGGGGAAAGAUGACAGACCCAACAGGGCGUUCUACACCAGGCGAGAUCAACUCGCUUCUCAUCUGGCAGCAGCCACAUCCCAUGUACUUCGCAGAGCUUGAAUACCGAUCAUUCCCCUGUAACAAGACCCUGGCCUCCUGGGAUGAAGUCUUGACCGCUACAGCGGACUUCAUGGCGAGUUUCGCUUGGUGGAACGAGACUACUGGAGUAUAUGAUCUGGGUCCGCCGACGUAUCCCGUUUCUGAAAACACGAACCCCAACUCCACGGUGAACCCAGCAUUCGAGAUUGCGUAUUGGAGGUUUGGGCUCGAUAUCGCGAUACAGUGGAAGGAAAGACAGGGACUUUCAAUCCCGGAAGAGUGGAUUAGGGUCCGCGAUAAUCUGGCGCUCUUGCCCCUGACCUCCGACAGCGAGACAUAUGCAGUGUACGAAGGAAUCCCCAACAUGUGGCAGGACACAACCGUGCAAGACCACCCAGCAAUGGCUGGAAUCUUUGGGCUCCUCCCGCCUCCUAGCAGCGGACCGCCUCUGAACAUGACAAUAGUUCAGAACACGCACGACCAUAUUUCUCAGCUAUGGGACCUUGCGGACUGCUGGGGCUGGGACUUUCCUAUGCUAGCAAUGAACUCUCUAAGAAUAGGAAAUGUAGAACAGGCCAUUGCGUACUUGCUGGAUCCUUUAUUUGAGUUUGAUGAUGCUGGGUAUCCGGUUGGCGGGGUGAGGGUUGCCACACCAUAUUUUCCGGGCUCAGGAAGUUUCCUCCUGGCCAUGGCCAUGUUGGCUGGUGGGUGGGAUGGCAGUGAAGGCUCGCAUUUCCCCGAUGAAUGGAACGCAAAGGUCGAGGGUUUCAUUCCUGGGCUGUAAUAUCAUCCCUACGAUCAAAUUGAUCUUAUCCGCUCUCUUUACUUAGUCCCAUGGUGUAUUGUGCUCUGCAAUCCACUCUCUUCCUACG